AUGGACGGCGACGACUUGUACGGCGGCUUGGCGCUGCCCAAGAAGACCAAGCGCGAGCGAGAGGAGGAGAAGCGGAAUACAGAGCAGAAGGACGAGCCAACGGCAAAGGACGAUGCGGCGAAGCGCCAACGUGUGGAGAAGAAGCCGCUGGACCUGCCGGCCACGGUCGCCAAGCUCGAGGGAUACAUGCUUGUCGACAAGAAGUUUGCCAAGGCCAGUGCAUUGUUUAGCCAGUUGAUCUCGAGUCAGUUGACGGUCGAGUCAAGUGAGCUCUUCAUGAACACGCUAGCGAAGGUGAUUAACGCGAAGGCGGGGACGCUGAGCGGCAAGAAAGGGUUCCAGACUCUUUUUGAGACGUUGGAUUCCAAGCGCGAAGUGAUUUUGAGCGUUGACGGUGAUGAACGGCGUCUGCGGGAGCAGAAGCUGGAUGCGUGGAAGUUCCUGGCUGUCACGCACGCACAGCUCUUUACGGACGAGACGUACCAGUUCAACAAGGCCGCUAAGGUGGUGAAGGCCAGAUUCGAGGCAAUGGUCAGCAACGAAGAGGAACAGGACGAGGAAGAGCGCGCUAAACGCCUGCAUACGGAGCUCUUGCCUCUGCUCCGUACGCUGUACAGCAAACUCAAUGUGGCGUGGGCGACUACUAUUGUCGAGGGAGUGCUGGCGCUAGGCACGCGUCAUCGUCUGCUAUUUAAUGAAGAGGACCGAGUGGAGGUUGACUCCUGGACGAAGGGCAUGCAGGACCGCCGCAAUGCACCGGCCGUAGCUCGGUCUGCAGGCUCCGACGCGCGACGCAACAUCGUAGCUGCCAACGGGGCGAAGUCAUCAGAAGCUGGUGCCAAGGUCCCCGGCCGCUACAACCACCCGCUCUUCAACAAGGAGAUCUAA